GAAGGAUCCAACAUGGCGGCCUAACAUGUCGAGCCGGACUCUCACCACAAAUUUCUCCCAUUUUACAGGUUUUAAACUGUCCCGUGUCCAACGAUUACGAUUUUAACAGUGACUGCCUGCAUCCAAGAUGGCUGCCACUGCUGAAGUGACCCUCCCAGCACAGCAGCUUCCUCCUGCCGAGGCGAUCGUGGAGGUCACGCCUGAUGACAUGGAGGGCAGUGCACCCGGUGCCAGCGAGGACCACAUGCUCAUCGCAGCCGAGUCUUAUGAAGACAUCAAUGUUGCAAUCGAUGAGCAGUACCAACGCGGGAAAGUCGGAGAUGAAAAGGACAAGGGUAAAAACGAAAUUGAGCAGUCUGUGAGAAAACUGAGCAUCGAUGACAGAAGUACGACCCCGAGUGACGAGGGAAGGGAAACGCCAAAGGAGGAGGUGUCAGCAGAAGGGAAGGAGCGAUCAAACAGUAUGUUAGGAAACAGGGACCGACCACAGCAUGUAGAGGAGGAGUGUUACAGCCCGGAGUGGAGGCAGCGACAGAAACAUGUCUUCAUCCUCAGCGAAGCGGGAAAACCAAUCUACACGCGGCACGGUAACGAGGACAAGCUGGUGACGACGAUGGGGGUGAUGCAGGCACUGGUCUCGUUUGUACAGGAUAAUGAUGACAACAUCAGGUUCAUGAUUGCUGGCAGUCACAAGUUCGUGUUCCUGAACAGGCCACCUGUUAUCCUGGUGUGUGUGGCUCACAGCGCAGAGUCAACCCAGCAGCUUCUCUUGCACCUUACUUAUGUCUACAAUCAGAUCAUCAGCGUCUUAACCUUCAGCCAGCUCAGCAAGAUCUUUGAGAAGAAGCGCAACUAUGACUUAAGGAGACUCCUGACGGGGACAGAGAAGUUCUUAGACAACCUCAUCAACCUCAUGGACCGUGACGCCAUGUUUUUGCUGAGUGCAGUACGGUGUCUGCCAUUGGCCAGCUCGAUACGUGACAUUAUCGGACAGAGCAUAGCGCAGGCAAAGGCAAAAGAUCUGGUGUUUGCAAUCUUGGUUGGGCGCGACAAUCAGCUGGUGACGGUGGUGCGGAUGAAGGAGCACAGCCUGCACCCUGCCGACCUGCACCUCGUGUUCAACCUGGUGGACGCCUCCACGUCCUUCCAGUCUGCCGAGUCCUGGACACCCAUCUGUCUGCCAAAGUUCAACUCUAAUGGGUAUCUCCAUGCACACGUGUCCUACCUGGAUGAGGAGUGUUCUGCCUGCCUGCUGCUGCUCUCCGCUGACAGGGAUGUUUUCUUCGAGUUGUCGGAGGCGCGACAGAAGAUCGUGACACGGCUGAACAAGUAUGGCUGUCUGCAGGCUGUCCGCGAGUCCCUCAGCAAAGGGUCGUACAAGGUCGCACAGAUCGGGAUCCCGGACCUCAGACACUUCAUGUACAAGUCCAAGAGCACAGCACAGUACACAAGCUCUGAGCUGGAGGCACCAUAUAUGGAGGAGGGAGAGAGGCAUCGCCUGUUUGGAAUGUACCAAUAUCUGCACCAUAGGGUUCACAACUCUGCCCGGCCACUGAAGAUACUCUUCCAUGUGGGGUCUAAGGAGACCAUGCUAGGAUGGAUCACCUCAGGUUUUGAGCUGUACGCAACUUUCGGCCCACUGGUCACCAAACCGGCUGCCAUCAAUGCUAUCAACAAGCUGCUGCGAUGGAUCAAGAAGGAGGAGGAUCGACUAUUCAUCCUCAACUCAUACACUUACUGAGAACUCCCCAUCCUCAACUCAUACACUUACUGAGAACUAUUCUUCCUUAACUCAUACACUUACUGAGAACUCCCCAUCCUCAACUCAUACACUUACUGAGAACUAUUCUUCCUUAACUCAUACACUUACUGAGAACUCCCCAUCCUCAAUUCAUACACUUACUGAGAACUCCCCACCCUCAACUCAUACACUUACUGAGAACUCUCCAUCCUCAACUCAUACACUUACUGAGAACUCUCCAUCCUCAACUCAUACUCUUACUGGUGUUCCCUUUAUUAUUUUCCACAUUGUUCCAAUCAUUAAGAAUCCUGUCUAUAAUGGCCACCUGCCUAUACAUGUAUACUAAAAUCAUUUUCUUCAGAGUCCCUUGAGUGGUCAUUAUAGACAGGUUUGACUGUAGACAUCUAAUAAGGAAGCUCCUAAGCACUGGCCUAUGGUGGGGCUGUUAACUGAUGUCUCUUUUGUGCAGCUGGUUCCUAUAACAGGUGCAAUACAGGCUCUUCCUGGACAACAUUGUGGCAAGAACAGGUUGAAAAGUGUUUACUUAUUUCCACAUUUUUAAAAAAAGUAUAGUGUUUAGCUGUAGACACCAAGCCAUCAAAUCUCUCCAAAGUAAGUAGAACCAUGCUAGCUUGAUCAAUCCGUCCAUGUGCUUUAAGAAAUAAGAAUGUGGUCGUGGCAGAUUUUAUCAUUUUUUCAUAUCCAUGUUGAAACUGCAACACUUCCAUCUUUUUAGCAAAUGUGAAAGUUUCUCAAUGUGGGUUCAACCAAUGGUAUCUCCCAUACUGCUGGUAUGAUGGUGCCUUUAUCUCUUAAGUUUUAGAUGUAUUUGACCUGGUAGAAUGAAGCAGAGUCUUUCAGAUGUAGAUCUACUUUAAUCAUACACAAACACACAUGUAUUGCCAAAAUGAGUUCCUCACACUGCAGUAUGUCCAGAUCCCAGCUUCCUUUAAGGGGAUAAGUACACAAAU